ACUGGUUGGUUAACUCAACUUAGAACCAACCAUUAGUUAAAACUUAGUGACCCAGGACACCUGGAUCCAGUUUAGAACCAGAAAACUCCUGACUGACUAUAGUGAUGUACGAUGUGUAAACAAUCAAAAUGUUCCGCUUAUCGAUUGCUUUGAUUACUUAGCGAGAGAAGAAUGUAUGCAAUUAAAAGUACUAAUAGGCCAGACCUAAAGUGUAAAAGUGGCUGUGAUUAUUAUGGUAAUGUGCAGUGGGAUGGUUACUGCUCAAAAUGUCACAGAGAACAGAUUCAACAGAAAAAACUGAAGUCUAGUAGUCUUCGGUUAGAAAGAGACCAUGGUGGUGAUAAAGCCCAAAAGUCUCCAAUUGCAGGGUUUUCUAAAUUUGAAGAGAAAAAACGCCAGCAGACAGACAAGAAGAAAACACUUCUUAAGUUAAAUGUGUUCAGAAAAUCAACUGCUUCUAAAGAAGGGCAGGCAGUGGAGACCAGUCAGGUGUACGGGCCGGCCUCAGCUGAGGUGGAGAGGCUGCGUCAGGAGCAUGCAGAACUACUCUCACUGGUCGGAAAGGCAGUGGAACAUGACGUACACAAGUGUGUCACUUCAUUGUACUCUAAGCUGAGCAGCGAGGCUGAAGACUUGUCCAUACCCAUCGACGACAUAUCUGAACGUACUCAGAACUUUUAUCAGGUCUUUGCAAAACGGAUGGAUGCUCAUUUGGUUUACCAGAAUGUGAAUCAGGAAACAAAAGAACAGUUGUUGGACUACCUGGAGAAAUAUGCCAUGACUUGUCUGUACAGAGUUCUCUUCUGUCCUCAAUCUACAGAUGACGAAGAAAAAGAUCUUCAGAUUCAAAAGAGGAUAAGACAGUUGAACUGGGUGAGUGCAGCUCAUGUUGAUUGUGGCAUCAAUGAGACUGACCCUGAAGUCCAGGAUCACGUCUAUACUGCUAUAACUGAACUGCUAGGUCUAGACUCCACCAAGGCACCACAGGACAAGUUAGCGUGUGUGGUCCGUUGUUGUCGCAACAUCUUCACUUUGCUGCAGACUGUCGGAGGUCCUGCAUCUGCUGAUGAGUUCCUACCAGCCCUCAUAUUGGUCGUACUCAAGACAAACCCUGCCAGACUCAAGAGCAACAUUAACUACAUCACUAGGUUCUGCAAUGCCAGUCGGCUCAUGAGUGGGGAAGGGGGAUAUUGCUUUACCAACUUGUGCUGUGCUGUGUCGUUUAUUGAGAACUUGACAGCUGAAAACCUAAACAUGGACAAAGAGGAGUUUGACCAGUAUAUGAGUGGACAAAUCAUAGCUCCAAGCACUUGGGAAACUGCUUUGAUCAUGUGUGAGGGCAAACACUUAAUGAAUGAACACAAAGCGAUUUUCAAGGAUCUUCAUCACAAAUCUGAUAUCUUUAUGGAAGAUAUUAAUCAGCUCAAAGAAGAAAUGCACAGUUUUGAAGAACUUGUAAAGAAACGAGUGAAUGGCAUGAUAGUGCAGUUCCCUCUAGAAGUUCGACCCAGGAAGGCAGUGUUGCGUCCUCUGUCUCUCAACUGUCUAGGAACUCCUGUAACCCUGGACCAGGAGGACCCUGCGAUCACACAACUACCACCUCCCAUCACACCUCAGGUAGUUUCCAAACCUGAGACAUUGGAGUCCCCAAUGAAAUUUUCAAUUCUUCUUUCCCCAAUAUCUCCAGAACCAAGGAUUGAUGUGACACCCGACACUACUCUCAAUACAAUCAACUACGACUUCGACCUCUCUGACUUGAGUGCAGACAACAGCACUGCUGAUGACAUAGAAGAGUUUCAACCAACUGGGUUACAUUCUGUGGAGACAGCUUCGCUACAAUCUCUUGACUUCUACACCUAUCACCCCACAGAGUUACCAGCCCCAACCUCCACCACUCACACGUCUGACACCAAGACUAGUGUGCCUAUUCAGUUACCAAUGAUGACCGCUAACUCAUCACUGCUGGACACUAGUGAGUCACCAUCCCAACCACACACACUCCCCUCUCCCCUCAAGCCAGUCCCUGCAUCUUCUGAAUACCAGGGAUUCUCUACCCAAGGCUGGCAAAUACCAAGCAUCCCUUGUGAGACUGGGGUGACUCCUGCUCCGGCACCACCCAAGUCAAAGUCUAAUGACAAGAUUGUCAAAGCCCUCAGUGGUGUCAUGGAUACGUUUGACAACCUUCUAUAACUAGACUGUGUAGUUGUUAUCUUACCAAAUAUAUUUAUUUGAUCUACAAGUUAACUAAGAUUUGUAGUAUUGCAA